AUGGCAUUCACCGUUCUACGGAUGAUUCGGCGCAUCUUUCUUCGUACUACCCGCCGGGACUUCCAAAUACUCCAUGAGGCCCACGUCGGAGCUCUCCCUGAAUACGCCAACCAAGUUGUUUCCACAGGAUGCACGAAGAACCUCACCAUCAUUGAGCGUGCCCAGCGAGCUGCUACGAAAAUGAUUGCCGGCCUCAAAUCCGUGGACUACGAAACGCGUCUUGCGGUGCUUGACCUCUUUGUCCUGGAAUAUCGCCGCCUCCGAGGGGACCCACUUCGUACUGAUGCUCUGUUUGAACAAAGCUUGGCCAACAGGUUUUCACCGCUGAUCCAACAAACACACAGCGGGGACAUGGGAAGAAGAUUUUCAAGCUCCGAGCGCACACUUUCAUUUGGCAAAAUUACAUUUAUUAAUGCUAAUUCUCCUGCUGGCAACAUACUGCCCCGCGCUGAGAACAUAAAGAGCGGCGCAACACCAUUUUUCCACUUGUGCUUUUCAGGUGAACGGCAGCCGCUGAACGACAAGAACACAAUCGACCCGGGAAACUUGGACAAUAGCCUCGAUCCUGUGUAUCAAUCCGUGAACCCUUUUACCAUGCCAAGUGACAGUGUGAACAAGUGUAGCGGCCCUGAUGAAGGUGGUUUAACCUCAUCCAGUAAAACUUCGUCGUCCCCCAUCGUUACUGAAAAUGUCUGUGGUGGUUUGUCUGCUCCGUCACAAUCUCCAAAGACAACUGGAGCGGUGCAUACAACCCGGGAUUCCGAAAACAAGCUGGAUGAUGAAUCCACUAGCAGUCUUAGUGACUUUUACCUUUCUGAAUCACAUCCUGGACAGUUGGAUUUGAACGUUGAUUCCAGCCGCACGUCGCCAAAUUCUGGUCCAGUCAUGUCUGAAUACGUACAAAGAAUUGCAUCUGUGAUCUAUUCCGAAUUUGAGGCCAUGAUAGAGGCCUAUGGACUGCCGGUUGUGGAACGACUAAUGCCGUUAGUCAUCGGAGUUUUGGAAAACUUGGACGAAUUGCACAAAGAUCAGGCAGCGUAUCAUGCGGAGGUUGAUCAGUUACGUGAACAAUGUGACUUUCUCAAAGAAAAACUGGAACGUGAGACGCACAGACGAAAACAGUCUGAAUUGCGUCUCUUACAAGCAGAGGAUGCAUUUGAGGAGGAUAGAAAAGCAAAAGAGGAGAAACUAGAAGAACUGACAACUUCCUGUCGCCAAGCUGAACUUCGCUUUGAGAAUACGAAGGACCAGUUAUCGCGUAUGGAAGCAAAGGAGGCAGAAUGGAAAAAGGAUGGCGUCCGCCUACAUGAACGCAUAAACGAACUUAUACGUUCGAACCUCGAACUGACCAAUCAAGUGAAGUUUGCUAAUCGUCAGCGUCCUACCUCUGGACGUCCCUCACAAGUUCGUAUGGGUUCAUCUGCUGCACCAGCCAUGGUCUUGUAUGAGGAUCUUGUGCCAGAACCCACCGCAACCUCGCAUCCCGAAUCGGGUAUCACUUUUGAUGCGACCAGUGGAGGAUUCGGUUUCGAUGAAAUGCCAUCCAACGAAGAGGGCGCUUGUGUGGAAGACGAAAUUCCAGCUGGCAUGUGGAAGGAAAUCGAUACACUGAUCAAGGAAAACAUGGAAUUAGUCGAAACCAAGAACGCGUUAAAUGUGGUGAAGGACGAUUUGUUGGCAAAAAUCGAUUCGCUGACCUUCGAGAACACCUCACUCCGGGAGUCCGUAGCACAUUUGACUCAGGUUCGUUCCAGACUUCAGUCCGAGCUAGCAUGCACAGACCAGUUGUUGAACAACGCCCGGUCAGAAGUAGAUGAACUGAAGGAGAAGGUGACGAGUUUGUCAAGCAAGAAAGAGGAUUCUAGUGGUGCAGCCACAAUGCACAAAAAGCGAUUCACGCGCGCCGAAAUGUCACGUGUCCUUUCCGAACGGAAUCAGUACAAAGAACGUUUGAUGGAGUUGCAGGAGACUAUCCGUUUCACAGAAACACUGAGAGCCGGUCAGAAAGGCCAUCCGGAAUUGCUCAUUGGUCUGAGCGGGUCCGGGACUAAAUUGACGAAUGCUUCGGCAGCUUCAGGGAGUUCCACCACUUCUCAAUCCGGACGUCUUCAGUCGUUACAGAACUUUUUCGCUGCAUUUUCCGCCGGUCAUCGUGCGGACUCAGCCGGUGAUCGUUGUGGCACUCCCACAGGACAAACCGCAACAUUACAAAAUUCUGUCUCCCAUUCAUGGGUGACAUUAUCGCACAAAUACACGGGAUCACCCAUCUAUGGCUGGUGUCAAGGUCUCAAUCCUUCUGAUACUCCGACACUGGUCAGGGCGAAAACAAGUCCUGACACGUGUUUUUCCGGUGUCCCUAUGCCCGUGCAAUGCCGUAUGGUUGGUGGACUGCACCGUCGCCAACUCGAGAUUGCUGCAGCUCUGGUCGUUCCCAUAUCCACUGCGAGUCCGCAACAUUCACGAAUUUGGUUAAUUGGUCGUGGUCCCGUUGACGUCGUUGCCGCAUCUGGGUCUCCUGGUACAUGUGUAGGCGGCACACGAGGCUAUGUCGGCCAAGUCCACAUUUUCGAACCGAAUCGAUUCAGCCAACCGGUGCACAGUUUCGAUUUGGAUCUGGGGUUCAUGCCAACCUCUGCUAUGUAUGUUCAACAGUCUUCAGAUUUACAACCCUGUCCAAUCACAACUGGAAGCAUUCAACCGGAUGGCCAUGAUCUGAUUCGAUUCGCUUGGGAAUUCGUUGUCACUGACGUCAAACCGGAAGCUGAUCACGUUAUUUUGGCCUCGAACGAUGGCCGUUUUCUCCUUCUUCGCGUUGCUGAUGACCUGACUUCCACGCAUCCUGAUCUGGAUCGAAAGGAUGCUUGGAUCACAGCUCGUUUUCAGGUGGUCGAUACGGCGUUGGUUGCAAAUUGCAUGAUCUCCAUCAACCAGUUCGCUUGCCUUAGCCUUUCAAAUCCAAAUGGAUUAAGCCAGUUGGUUUGCGUGAACCUUGGAGAGACUUUGCGCAACGCACUGCAGACCAGUCUGUCAACACACGCCCUGCUUUCUAUCCCCGGAGAGGCCAAAUCCACGGGCCCCAUGGUGAUGACUCGGGAACCGUCUUCCACAACAACUGAGGGGAAAAUUUGGCUGGGCACAGCGGGCGCGGGCCAGUGUCAUUGCUUUUCUCCUCAAAUCUUGAAAUUCACUCACAUUUUGACACUACCAGCCGAUACUCCUUGUCUUCAUGCGAUCGAAGUUCAACCCGUCACGGAUUCUCCAUCCACAGUUGUGUGGCUCGCUGUGUCUGGCAGUGGUACCACGGCUACCAGUGCGCAUGCACUCAACGGUGAUCCGUUGAGCUGCCCAAUGCCCAAAGACGAUGCGAACAAAGGAAUGGCACGAUUAUUGGCAUUCGAUGCAGAACGCCAAGAAGUUCUAAGGAGAAUCGAUCUGACCUGUGCCCUUUCUGCGAUGAUUGAUACCGAGGGUGUUACCGACCCUGUGGAUUUGACCAUUUGUCGAUUGCUAUUCGUGACGGAAUCGAACAAAUCGCCCACCAUCUGGUUUGCAACUCGAUCCGGCUUCGUGGGUCGUCUCCCCGUUGACAAGCUGCGUGGUGAUCCCAAGGACCUCGAAGUUUUAUCGGCAAAUUCCAUUUCGGUCAGUUGUCAUGGAUAUCGUCGCCCCGUGUGCAACCUAAUCGCAAUCAAAGACACCAACUCAGUGGGUGAAUUUCUGGUCGUUGCUGUGGGCCACGAUUAUGUUCACCUUCGUCCGCAGCAGUUACAAGCGUCGGAGCAAGCUGCUGGUGAUCAGGCCACAGGUUCCUUCGUGUUCGAUAGCUUCAGCCGUCUACGCCAAAUGGGCUCUGGCGCCCAUGCGAUUGUUUGGCGUGUAAACUCCACCCAUACGUGACUGUCCUACCGUCUUACUUCUUCCAUCGUAUAACUGCUUUUCGUUCGUCAUCGCUUUGACACUUGUCGAUCUCAAGCAUGUUCUUUUGCCAUCCGACCACUGUUUUCCAGUUUCAUUUCAUGCGCCGCUGUUAAUGCCUGUGAUAUCGGAUCAUUAGUUCCUCCAUCGGCGGUAAUUCUCCCUUUCCACAGUUGUCUUUUAAAGCCCAUUAAGUUGUCUUUCUUUGAACCUAACUAUCGAUCAUGUGCAAUAGUGACCAGCUUCACACUUCUUUUCUCUUUACAACCUUUUCUGGUGGUGACAGUCCACUGUAAUCUGCAUUACCUUUUCGGUUUGCCUCCUCAUCGUUAUACGUCUCAAAUAAACAAUACGCC